CACGUUUCUUCUCCAGGCCCUCGCGAGUUUGCGGAAUUGCCACACAGGUCCUCCCGCCGCGACCGCAAUGGAACCAUCCGGUUCAGGAGCAGCACAACCGGGCGAGGACGACCACGGCCAAGAACCGGCCCAUGACCGCCCCUGCGCCUCCAAUGGCGUCCCGAGCGCUGCUGCUGCUGCGCCGCCGCCUCCCCGCGCGACGCCUCUCCGCCUCGAGCAGGCCGGAGGCGGCGCCGACGGGUCGAGCUCCGCCGCGGCGGGGGGCGACCUGAAGGGCGAGGGGGCGCUGCCGCCCAAGGUCAUUCCUUCUCCUCCGUGCUCCGCGGGCAGCGGCGGCUCCUCCGCCCCCUCCCUCGACCACGCCACGGCAUUGAGAGCCGGGGCCUUCGGAGUUGGGGGAGCCGACCCUCGCGGCGGGCAGCGGGGACGCGCGGGUGAUGUGGAACGACCCCGUGGUGGCGGGGACGUGGGAGGCGCCCCACGCGGCGGCGCAUCCGUCCGACCCCAAGCUGGUGUCCAGGCGGCCGUCGGCAAGGAGAACAGGCCAUGGGGACAGCAGGUGAUGAUUGGCCUCCGCGACGUGCUGCUCUUGUUGUUUCUUGGAGUUCUUGGAGCGCUCCGGAGUGCGUUCUUGAGCGUUUCUUGGUUUCCUCUUGAGCAGUUCAACUCGUUGCGCGCGGGAGAGGCGAUGCAUAGGAAGGAACAGGAGAAACUAUCACAAGUAAAGGCUGUGGUAAAGGUGAGACCCAAGCAGGACAAACUUUUUUCGAAAAAGGGCGCCAAGCUGGACAAACUACUGCUAGUAAAGGGGAAAUCGAUCCCGAGUCGGCUUAAGAGCAAGAUUUUUCGUGGAAAAGGAAGGGGAAUAUGUCCAGAACAUGUGAAGCACCAGACACUUCGCAUAUCUGAAGUCAGAAGGCACUAUAAGCUUACUUAUGACGAGGCAAACCAUCUUCAUGCUUAUUCAGAAUGUAGACCGGUGAUUGGAGAUGGGGAGUGUUUCUACAGGAGCUUCAUAUUUUCAUACCUUGAGCAAGUUAUUGAUAGGCAGGACACACAUGAGGAACACCGUCUCCUUAGAAGAGUGUCUACACAACGUGCAAAUCUUCAAUGGGACUCUGAGUUUUCCCGGAGCAGAAGAGCAUUUAAGGAGCUGAUUGAGAACGUAAUGAAAUGGAAGAGCAGGGAAUCAACUAGCAGUCGCCGUAAAGAGAAACUUCUCAAGUUCUUCAGCACGUAUGAUACGACGCAAGACAUUUUUGUUUUCCUCAGAUUACUAGUAGCUAUCCAGAUAUGCUCGCACAGGGAGGUGUAUGAACCGAUUAUACAAGGGCCCGGAGGAAAUUACAGUCUGGAAGUUUGGUGCUUGCAGCACGUCAUUCCAGCUCGUGUGUACGCGGACCAUGUUAUGAUGGUGGCUUUGGCCAGAGCGCUUGAGGUCCCCCUCAGAGUGGAAUCACUCCAACGAGGAUAUGCUCCAGAUAUCUACACUGGUCCUGGAGUUCCCCGUCCAAGCGUGACCCUGCUGUACACGGGUGAUCACUACGACAUCAUCUACCCACGUGCUCCUUCUGCUGAGAGUUCAAGUCAUCGGGCUUCCCAGGGAGAACAUCCUGGUGAUCAGAGUUCAAGUCAUCAGGCUUCCCAGAGAAAACAUCCUGGUGAUCAGAGUUCAAGUCAACGGACUUUCUAGAGAGAACAUCCUGCUGAUCAGAGUUCAAAGUCAACAGAUUCCGUCGGAUUAAAGUUGAGUUGGGCUGCUGCCGUUGAAUGAGAGUGUUGCUGAGUUUAGUGGUAGAGUAGAUGCGCCGAUGAAGUUGGGGUAGGCAUAGCAUAUACUAGUUACUUGUGCAUUCUUCUUCUGUUGGUGAACGUUCUGUGAUCACAUUCGAACUUCUUAAUUGUGUUUUCAAAAUUUGAACAUGGGCAUGAUAUCAGUUGAUUUUUUUUUUUUUUGGUAUGUUCUGGAAGACACAAAUAUUGCUCUUGUUUGGACAUGUCUCUUUGGUGGUUUGCCGUUUUGUUUACAGCAAUGUGGAUGAUGACA